AUGGCCGAACUCGACGCUGCACCUCCUAACACCCGACCGGGUGGCAACGAUGACAACCUACGAAUCAAAGAAGUGGGCAACUCCUCCCACAACGCUCACAAUGCAGAGGAAUUCGAUAUUGUAGCUUAUCAGAACGAGGUACCACUAUGGAAGAGGAUCCACCAACACAGUCUGACACAGAUGUUGCUCAUGAGUGUCCAAGCCUUCUGUGGUCCUGCCAUGGCAGACGCUAUCGCUGGUCUGGGAGGUGGUGGGUUGGCAACUCCCCAAACUUCAAACAUUGCUACCUCCAUCAACUACGCUUGUUUGGCUAUUACUUGUCUUUUCGGUGGUCCCAUUGUGAAUCGACUCGGUACGAAAUGGGCCUUGGUCCUCGGUGCUAUGUCUUUCCCUAUCCGAGGUGCUUCCUAUUACUGCAAUAGUAAAUUCGGUGUGCAAUGGUUCUUAAUCUUUGGUGCUUUCAUCACCGGAACAGGAAGUGGAUGUUGGUAUGUUGCUGAAUCCGGUACGAUCAUGUCCAUCGCUCCCAGUGGGGCUAGAGGAAAAUAUCUCGCUCUUUGGAUCGUGGCUAGAAAUCUUGGUCAAUUGAUUGGAGGUGCUAUCAACCUGUCCAAGAAUCACAAAGCUGGAGCCACCGGAGGGGUAACUCCUGAUACAUACAUCGCUUUCUUGAUCAUUGAAAGUCUUGCCUUCCCAUUCGCCUGGCUCAUCAGUCCUCUACACAACGUUGUCAGAUCGGAUGGUACUAAAGUCAGAGUUUCCGAGAAACUCUCUACUAAAGCCGAAUUCAAAUUGAUCAAGAUCACAAUGACUUCGAAGCUCAUCUUGCUAUCAGCCCUUUGGGCCGUUUGGUCUUUCUUCUACAGUGGUACUUGGUCGACCUACUUGGGUACAUACUUCAGUACCAGAUCCCGAGCUCUUUCGUCUCUGAUCUCACCCUUCUUCUGCAUUAUCGGUUGCUUCGGUCUCGGGUUCAUCCUCGACAUGAAGAACGUCAGUCAGCGACGAAGAGCUCAAUUGGGACUUUUCACCGUGCUCAUCCUCAACAUGGCCGUGUAUAUCUGGACAAUCAUCAUGCAAGUCAAGUUCAACAAGCAUCAUCCUGGAAAAAUCGAUUGGGUGGACAAGCUAUACCCCUCUGCCUUUUUACCUUACUUCUUCGUCCAGACCACCGGUCCAUUAUCGCAAUCAUACAUGUACUGGUUACUGUCUUCUUUCGCCACCGACGCUCAAGCCAAUGUACGAAAUGGUGCUGCGUUCAGAUGCUUGGAAGCGGUCGGUCAAGCGAUAUCAUAUGGUAUGAACACCCAGAUCAAGACUUCCCCAUUGAUCGGUUUCUGCGUUACAUUCGGUUUGAUGGCUGCUGCGAUGGGUCCCAUGAUCCUCCUAGUCAACUCGACUCCGAACGAGAUCCCGGCGGAUGCUCUGGACAAAGAAGAACAUGAGAAGGAAGUCCAACAACUCCAACAAAAGGAUCUGGCUGAGAAGGAAGAGGAUGUCAACUAUACGGUCAACCGAGUUUAG